AUGAAAUUUUCAACCGUCAUUUUAGCAACUGCAAACGCCAGUAGUAAUUCAGAGGGUCAAAGAGAACUUGACCAAACUAGAGGUCUUUCUUCGCCGUACUUACCAGUUGGACUGAAAUGUUCGAAUAAAGAAGCUCAGAGAAUCAUCGGAGGAUACAAUGCGAAUAAGGAAGCGUGGCCAUUCAUGGCAAGAUUUCAGAGAAGAGGAGCAUACAAGCAUUAUUGUGGAGGUGUCAUUGUAGCCGAUAAUUGGGUUCUUUCGGCAUCCCACUGUUUUCAGCGAUCAUCCAGCUUUGAUGUUGAAGACUACUACAAAACGUUGAAGGUGUGGUUUGGUGACUAUCAUUUGCACAAACAAGAUGCUGGAGAGUUUUCCUUAUCGCCGACAAAUAUAAUUUUCCAUGAAGAUGCGGAUCUUGCGCUUGUUCAGGUUCCUUCUCUCAAGGCUAAUGCUCCUAGGAAAAGAAUUAUUGUUCUCAAAAAACCCUUGCUCAGCGACUGUAAAGACUGUUUUGAUUUCGCUUGUCUCCCAACAGAACACGUCGAGCAAGGAGCAGGUUGCCAUACAGCUGGUUGGGGCUACGUGUCUGCGGAUAAAACAGCAAAGAUCUUGCAAGAAGUAAAUGUUAACGCCAUGUCUGAUCAAUACUGUGUGGAUCAUUCUCGCUUCUACUUACGACCAAAAUGGCGUCCAUUCGCAACAGAUGCAGAUAUUCUCGAAACCGACUAUGAGUUCUGCGCUGGAGUUCUUGACGAAGACGAGGACGGAGAAACCGACGGUGGAAGAGACGCUUGCCAAGGCGAUUCUGGCGGGCCGCUCAUCUGCCCGAGCAAUGGUCGCCCUGUGGUUCAAGGAAUCGUUUCUAGAGGUUGGGGCUGCGCGAUGAAAAAUGCUCCUGGAGUCUACACUAGGGUUUCGGCCAUGACUCAGUGGAUUGAAGAGACGAUGGCGAGUUACAGUCCUCCAGAUGCUAUUGUUGAAGAUGAACAAGAAACAACAACUGUUUAUACGACAACAACGGGAACCACAACUACAGCAACAACGACGACUAUUGAAACUGGCGAACCGCUUACUCCAGAACUGAUGAUGAAAAUCAUCGAGGGCAAAGUCAAAUACCCAGACGUUAUUCCAAAGAAAAAACAGGCCAAUCUCUCCGCGCGUCGAAAGAAGUUCAUGCAAGCUCUUGACAAGUUCUUCCAAAGUUUUCUGGUCGAUAAACUCUCCGCCAAAUGUGCCACAUCUCACGUCCCCCUUGCUGAUCCCAUCACUGGCGCCAGAUCUUCGAGCGGCACUGGAUACAUCAAAGACGGCUUCUUAGAGAGUAUCAAGCCGACUUAUGAAAACUGCCCGCCUUGGAAAAACUGGAUCAGAUCUUGGAACAUUCGUGUACGCAAACUCGAUGUGCUCAUCAAUGUGAUGGAGCAAAAUAGCUGA